GAUGUUUCAGCGCCGUUCACAUCCAGAUCGCGAGAAGAUGAGCGAUGGCAACAGAAAACAAACCUGGGGACGAAUUUGACACCGUUUUCGGUCAAAAUGACACCUUAGAGCGGUCUUCGCACCACGAUUAUGAGACUGCACAAGCUCCGAUUUUUAAGAUAAUAGUCAUAGGAGAUUCAAAUGUGGGAAAGACGUGUUUGACUUACAGGUUCUGCGGGGGCACGUUCCUGAAAAACCCGGAGGCAACGAUCGGGGUCGAUUUCAGGGAGAGGACGCUGGAGCUUGAUGGGGAGACUAUCAAGUUGCAGAUCUGGGACACGGCAGGUCAGGAGCGUUUCAGGAAGAGCAUGGUGGAGCACUACUACCGCAGCGUCCAUGCCGUCAUCUUUGUGUAUGACGUGACCAGCCUCUCCUCUUUUGAGAGCAUACCUGAAUGGAUUGAAGAGUGCAGCCGACACUGUGUGGGCCCCCUUGUGCCCCGCAUCAUGGUGGGAAACAAGUGCGACCUGAGGGACCGCCGGGAGGUCCCCACCACGGCUGCUCAGUGUCUCGCCGACAGCUACAACUUCCCACUCUUUGAGACUUCAGCCAAAGAACCUGCUGAGAAGGAACAUGUCGAUGCCAUCUUUCUAACUUUGGCUUAUAGACUGAAGAGCCACAAACCCCUGAGACUGAAGCAACCAAGUGAGAGCAGUGUCAGUCAGCUGUGGAACCAGAGAGAGCAGGAAGCAGCAACUUGCCAAUGCUGAUAUCACCUCCAUCCUGUAUGGAUGUACUCAAGAGUGUGUAGGUCAUUACAGCCUUUAGGAUCAAUAAUGGUGCUGAGGAAAUCAGCAUUUCCUGCUAAUGCUGAGACUGAAUUCAGAAAGGCCUCUUAUGAUCAUGAGAUAGAAACUUACUAUGGUUUUACACUUUUCCUGAUGCAAGGCACAGCUUGUGACACGAUGAUCCUAAACAUUUUCACAAUAUUAAAUCAACACUUCAAUGAAAUGCAUGAAUGGAAAUGGAGGUAUGCCAAACAUUUGUAGCUCAAACUACACAUAAAAUCACUUUGGGUCAAAGAACAGAGCCUUGCAGCGUGCAUUUUAAUUUGUAGACAAAUGAUAUGCAAUCAGCCGUGUAUUGCACACAACUUACUGUAUCUACAGUAUUCAAUGCAGACAGUAAAAGGAC